GAUGUAAACAAGGAAGAAAGCGUCGAGCGAGGAGACGUUUGUUUUGUGUUGAUUAAAAGCCUAUUCAAUUCAGUUCAAGCAUUAUUGUUUUUUACGCGUUUACUGUGUAUUACUUCAACAAAAAAUCUGUUAUAUUGAAAACGUCUCAUUGUCUAUAGUCAACACUUUAAAUACCGAAUCCUCGCCAGAAUGGACCCUAAGCACAGACAGAUUCUUCAGCAGCACAGGCGUAAUCUAGUCACGGCAUUACAUCCUGCAGAUAUCUGUGAUGGGCUCUUGUCAAAGGGGGUCUUCACCCAGGACAUGGUCGAUGAAAUACAGAGCAAAGCAAUCAGACGAGACCAAGCCAGGCAACUGGUGACAGACUUGGAGACGAGAGGGAGUCAGGCUUUCCCAGCCUUCCUGGAGUGUCUGCGUGAGACUGGCCAUCAUGAUCUCGCAGAGCUCCUUCAAAGUGGAGAUGGUGCUCAUCGCCCUCACCCCAUCCCAGUACAGCCUUCACUGAUCCCUCUGCCAGUCCAGAAUCCAAAAUGUACUGAAAAGCCAGACAUACCUGAUCUCACCCCUCUAGUCCUACCAUCAAGACCAGAAAGCCUGCCUCUGCCCAAGCCUAUUAGCCCACCUUCUGGUGUGAGACCAACCAGGCCGAGACGUGACAGUAUACAGUCUUACAAGAUGGAUGCCAGUCCGUGUGGGAUGUGCCUGAUUAUAAACAAUGUAGAUUUUGAACCAGCCUCUGAACUAAAAGAUCGAAAGGGGUCCAACAUUGACUGUGACAAGAUGGAGAAAAGAUUUAAAGCUCUCAACUUUGAGGUUAUUGUAAAAAGGAACUUGAAAUACAAACAUAUAAAACAUGAGAUGUCAUCUUUAGCGAAGAGGGAUCAUUCUGCAUAUGACUGCUGUGUUGUGAUCAUCCUUUCACAUGGAACUGAGGCAAACCACAAUCGUUUCCCUGGAGCCGUUCAUGGUGUUGAUGGACCAGCUCUCCCAGUUCAGUUUAUCACAAACUACCUCAAUGGCCAGAACUGUCCUUCUCUGCAGAGCAAGCCCAAGCUGUUCUUCAUCCAGGCCUGUGGAGGAGGUGAGAAGGACACAGGUUUUGAGGUUUCUCCAGAUGAGGUGGAACCCUCUUUGGGUGGGAUAGAUGACGAGAUGGACGCCAUUCCCAUGUCCUCCAGCAGCGACUCUCUCAGCACGUCUGAUGAACCUGAUGCUCGGGCCACUUUGCCCACACCCAGCGACAUCCUGGUGUCCUACUCAACUUUUCCUGGCUAUGUCUCUUGGAGGGACACGGAAGCCGGCUCCUGGUAUGUGGAUAAUCUUGAUCAGGUGCUUGAGGAGAAUGUUGCUUCAGAUGAUCUGGUGACCAUGCUGAUGAUGGUAAAUGAUGCUGUCUCCCAAAUAUCUGCCAAAGGCCUGUAUAAACAAAUGCCCGGAUCUUUCAACUUCCUCCGAAAACUUCUCUACUUUCAGUCUUCACGGUCAUAAUGGCUUGACGAUCUGCAGUAUGUUUUUGAAUGCUGCCCUCCAUUAGAAAUCUAUGUACACUAUUCCAUUAGAAUAUGAUGUAUUUGUGAUGUGAUAAAAACACAUUUGUUGUUUUUUACGUCAUAAACUGAACCAUGUGAUCAGAACAUUUGACUGGAGUUCUUGUUUUUAACAUAUUUUUAAUUUUAUAAUUAGCAAGCAAUUAAACCAUUAAUACCUUGUUAAUAUUA